AUGGAUUCCAACCAGCCCCAUUCAACAAAAUGGAGCGACCUCUUCUCCAUCAACAGCGCCCACGAGCCGACCUCCUACAAGGCCCUCGACAAUCUUCAAGACGAACCCACGCUCGCCUUCCUCCACCAACCCUUUUGGGACGAGAUCAGGGCAUGGACACGAAACGACGACACCCAAAUGUCCGAGAUCAAGCACCCGGACCUCACGGGGCCGGGCCGUAUCUACAUCGGCGGCAUGAACCACGCCCUCAACGAGGACGUUCUCCGUCAGCGCAACAUUCGCGCCGUCAUCACCAUCCACCCAAAGGACUCGCUGGCCUGGGACCAGAAGGACGCCGGCGCGGGGCUGAGGAGGUUCUUCCGCGAAGAGGGCGGAGGGAUCGAGAGCGUGGUCGAACACCCGCUCAUCAUCCCCCUCGAGGACAACGCCAACUCGAAUCUGAUCGAGCAUUUCGACGAGACGAGCGCCUUCAUCCGGGAACACUCCGGGCAGGACAGGAACAUCCUCAUCCACUGCAAAUCGGGCCGCUCCCGCUCCGUCGCCGUGCUCAUCGCCUACCUGCAGCGCAAGUACCGCGACGAGGUGCUCCGCUCCGUGACCGACAAGGAUGUUGCGCGGAAGAUGAUGAAGGAGUACCGCGAGGCGGCGACGGAGUCGAUCCGCCAACAGCGUCUCCCCGUCAAAGUCAUCAUGGAGCGCUUCCAGGAGCUGCUCGCCCUAUACGACCUCCAGCUCAUCGACCACCCGGACCUGGAGAAGGAGCGGACAAAGCUGUUCCCGGCCCCCGUGUCCGCGGUGCGCGUGAUGCCCUCGCGCCUCGACUCCAUUCUCAAAGACCCUGCCGAGGGCGCGGCGGCUGCUGCUGCUGCCGGUGAUACGAGCGCGAGCGAGUCGAUGCCGCCGCCGCCUCCGCCGUCGUCGGAUCCGAAGGUGGUCAAGACCAAGGGCGGCGCGGCGGUCCUCAAGAUCUGCGUGGCGUGGGUGUUUUUCAGGGCGCGGCAGACGCCGACGGAGGCGGUGGUGCACCAGUUCUUCGAGAUCAACGAGGCCUACUUUUACGAGCUCGAGGGGCUGGACUACAACGGCCGGUCGUACGCGGGGUCGAGGCACAUGUGUCCCGGGCUUGUGGCGUUCUGUCUGGAGUACGCGGGGAAGUUCGAGCUCACGCUGCCGGAAAAGACGGAGCAGCAUGCUCUUUUGGUGAUUAAGCAGGCGUCGUCGUGA